AGGGCGCAACAGCUGCUCGCUGAGCACUUUCUGACCCAACAGUCCCCCUGCGCCGGACGCGCCGCGCCCCGGCGGCUCUAGGGACCCCCCGCGCCUGCACUGUCCCCGCGCGGACGAGUAGGGGGCGCCCGCGCCUUUGCCCCCCGUGAGCACCCCCGCCCCGCUCACCUUAGCCCCGCGCCCGAGGUUUUGGAAAUCCCUUGUCUCCAGGUUGCUGGAAUUGACUUCUUGCUCAACUGAAUCACUCACUCGAUGAAGACAAAGAGAACUAAUGCUUGUGCUGACUCAUCUCUGAAUCCAGGCACCGGGGAGUCUGUCUGCCUGGUUUGUGGAAAGAUCCAGUGAUCUGUCUUUAUCACCGAGCUUCCUCAGACUUCUGAAGAUAAGAAGUUAGAGGAACAUACACUGUCUUUUGAGUUUUUAUAACAAAUAUUUGCCCUAGUUUUGAAGCCUCGGGCUGCUGGGCGUGUGAGUGACAAGUCUUUACAAGUGGCCUUAUUCCAACUCCAGAGAUUCCUCAACUGGAUUCUAAUUUUAUAUACAGUCCUCAAGAGACAGGAAACAUGCCAACUCAAUCCCUCCUGGUGUAUAUGGACGGACCAGAAGUUAUUGGCAAUUCCCUUGGCACCCAAAUGGAGAUGGAUGACGCCAUGAUGAUAAAAGGGAGCGCCACUGUUCCUUUCAGAGCCACGCAGGAGAAGAACAUCAUCCAGAUGGAAGGGUAUAUGCCCUUGGACUGCAUGUUCUGCAGUCAAACCUUCACACGUUCGGAGGACCUCAAUAAGCACGUCUUAAUGCAACAUCGGCCUAUCCUCUGUGAGCCUGCCGUACUGCGUGUCGAAGCCGAGUAUCUGAGUCCUCUUGAUAAAGUUCAAGUGAGAACAGAGCCUCCAAAGGACAAGAAUUGCAAGGAAAACGAGGAACUCAGCUGUGAAGUGUGUGGGCAGACCUUUCGAGUCGCUUUUGACGUUGAGAUCCACAUGAAGAAACACAAGGACUCUUUCACUUACGGGUGUAACGUGUGCGGCAGAAGAUUCAAGGAGCCCUGGUUUCUGAAGAAUCACAUGCGAACGCACACUGGCAAGUCGGGGGCCAAGAGCAGACCGCAGCCAGGCCUGGAGAGCCCGGCGACCAUCAACGAGGUGGUUCAGGAGCACGCGGCCGAGAGCAUCUCCUCUCCUUAUAAGAUCUGCAUGGUUUGUGGCUUUCUGUUUCCAAAUAAAGAAAGUCUCAUCGAUCACAGGAAGAUGCACACCAAAGACACUGCUUCCGGUACCCGCGGCUCACAGACAGACACGCAGCAGGAGGGAAUGCCAUCGCCGGGGGAAGAGUUGCUGCAGUUCUUAAACUUAAGACCCAGGUCUCACCCCGAGAUCGUGAAGAAGCCGGCCAAGUGGAUACCUCAGCUGGACCCGUUCACCACCUACCAGGCCUGGCAGCUGGCCACCAAAGGGAAGGUCGCCGUGUGCCGAGAGGUGAAGGAGCAGCCGGGCCAGGAGGGGAGCACUGACAACGAUGAGUCGUGCUCAGAUAAGGAGGAGCUGGGAGAGGUUUGGAGCACGAAUAAAAGCCAUCCCGAAGGUUCCGGAAAGUCCAAGACAAGUAAAAGCGGUUGUCCAGGCCUCUCGCAGGAUAAGGAGAAGCCUAGACACCCCAACGGUGAAGUGCCUUCUGUGGACACGGACCCCAAGUUAGCCAGUAACAAAGAGAAGCCUACACAUUGCUCCGAGUGUGGCAAAGCCUUCAGAACCUACCACCAGCUGGUCUUGCACUCCCGGGUGCACAAGAAGGACCGCAGGGCGGACGCCGAGUCGCCGACCAUGCCCGUGGAUGGCAGGCAGCCGAGGACGUGCUCCCCGGACCUGCCCCCCACUCUGGAGGAGAAUGGAGCCAUCGACCGGGAAGGUGGCUCUGAGGACGGGUCCGAGGAUGGGCUUCCAGAAGGGCUUCACCUGGAUAAAAAUGAUGAUGGAGGAAAAAUAAAGCAUCUUACAUCCUCAAGAGAAUGUAGUUAUUGUGGAAAGUUUUUCCGUUCAAAUUAUUACCUCAAUAUUCAUCUCAGAACGCAUACAGGUGAAAAACCAUACAAAUGUGAAUUUUGCGACUAUGCUGCAGCGCAGAAGACCUCUCUGCGGUAUCACCUGGAGAGACAUCACAAGGACAAGCAGAUUGAUGCUGCUGCGGAGGUCAAGAACGAAGGGAAGAACCAGGAGACCGAAGAUGCACUCCUAACCGCUGACAGCGCGCACACCAAAAAUUUGAAAAGAUGUUUUGAUGGUGCCAAAGAUGUUAAAGGCAGCCCACCUGCAAAGCAACUGAAGGGGAUGGCCCCUGCCUUUCAGAACGUUCUGGGCAGUGCUGUCCUCUUACCAGUACACAAAGAUACUCAGGAUUUCAGUAAAAACGCAGCUGAUGACAGUGCCGAUAAAAUGAGCAAAAAUCCUGCCCCUGCUUACUUGGACGUGUUGAAAAAGAGAUCAGCAGGUGAACCUCAGGCAAACAACCUCAUCUGUAGAACAGAAGCGGAUGCGGCCCCGCACCCAGACGGCCGGGUGGCCCAUCACGUCCAGGUCGGCCACAGAGACAAGAAAGCGGAGGUCGACGCGGACUGUCAGGAAAAACCCUUAAACUUAUCCCUCGGGGCUUCCCAUGGCUGCCCGGCAGCUUCUUUGGGUAAAAGUGUGACCACGAGUAGCACCUGCCCAUUCUGUACCUUCAAGACAUUUUAUCCAGAGGUUUUAACGAUGCACCAGAGACUGGAGCAUAAGUACAAUCCCGACAUCCACAAAAACUGUCGGAACAAGUCUUUGCUUCGGAGUCGACGGACCGGAUGCCCCCCAGCUCUGCUGGGGAAAGAUGUGCCUCCCUUGUCGAAUCCCUACAGGCCCAAGCCCAGGCCCGCCUUCCCGGCGCAGCCCAAACCCCUGCCGCCCGAGAAGGCGCGGCCCGCCGCCCCGGGGCCCGGCAAAGCCCCUCUGCCUUCAGGGAUCGACGCCAGCACUUUAGCCCCCAGCGACCUGAAGGCCCAGCGGCCGCCGCAGAGCCUCGGGGGGCCAGGGGCCGCCCCCGCCCGGCCGCCGCCCUGCGAGCCGCUCGCCAAGGCCGGCGCGGCCGCGGCCCCGGCCCCGGAGAAAGCCAAGCGGCCCGAGCCCAAGCCCCGGCCUCCGGCCCAGCCCGCCCCGGGCGCCGCCCUCAACGGCGCCGACCACCCCGCCAGGAACGACGGCCCCUGGAUGCCCGCGGCCCGGGACUACUUCUGCGGCCGGAGCGCCGAGGCGGGGGAGCCGCUCCCCAAGCGGCCGCGGGCGCUGGACGCGGACCCCCCCGGCGCGCACGCGCACUGCCGGCGGCCCUUCGACCUGCCCAAGUACCGCGUGGUGCGCGGCCUGGCGGCGCUGCUGCCUCCCGAGUGCGCGUGCGCGCCGCCCGCCGCGCUGCCCGCGCAGAAGCCCUUCGCCGCGGCCGCGGCCCUGUUCCCCUGCGGCCCCGCGGGCCCCGCGGCCGGCCCGGCGCUGGAAGGAAAAAGGCCUGUGUCCUAUCAACACUUAUCUAGCAGCAUGCUACAAAAGAGGAACUAUGAGAGUUUUAUUGGGAAUGCACAUUAUCGACCAAAUGACAAAAAAACUUGAUUUCCUAUUUUGGGGAUGAAAGGUCUUGAUGGAUAUAAAUGUGUACUCUCCAUGAAAUUAAAUUAAUUCAUCCUUUGAAACAAGCAAAUGGUGGAAGCUACUGAAAUAAGCUGUGAUUGUACUGUACAUAUAACAUACAAGGAACACUACGGUUUUGUAAAGUUGUUCUGUUAACUUUUGUACCAAAUAGCAAUAAAAACUAUAGUCGGAACUGUUGGGUUGUACACAAAUGGAGACCAGACAUCUCUAUUUUGCCCUGGAUAAUAUUUUUUUUAGAAUUGACCAAAUAAGAAGUGGAGUUUUUUGCAUACUUGAGCGCUGCUGAAAAGAAAUCAUUUGGGUUGGGGGGUGGGGAGGGGAGAAAGUAUAUAACGCUUGCACCUCAGGUAAAAAUCUGUAUGCGUAUGUUGUAGAGCCGCUUGUCUAGAUACUGUGUGUGUUCUUUCCCCCAGUGUCGCUCAUCACUUUGAGCGCGUUUCUGCUCUGUGUCCUCUUUCAUUUAAAAUGUAUGUUUUUUAAAAAAGAAUUUCUCAAUGACUUGUAUUAUGUUAAAUCCUCCGCAGUCUGUUGUCUUAACUGAAUUGUUAACAGAAGUGUUGACCCUCUCUAAAUAUGUUCUGCGUGUACUGAGAUCAGCCUUUCUGAAUUUGGUGCCCUUUUUACUGCAAAUUUCAGUAUGUCAUCUGAGAAAGACCCAGACCCACAGUCCUUUUCUGAGGGAAUGACGUGGUUUGUGGGAUUCUUAAGUGCGUGUAUCUACAGAGAAGUGUUUCCUCUGUAGGCCAGCCACACAUUCAGUAAAUAUACCAAAUUGUAUGUGGAGUUACUUGAAUAUGUUUUCUAUCAAAUUAAUCAUUUUUGUUGGAAAAUUCCUGGUUUUUUUUUGGCGUUUGCCUAAAUUAGUAUAUAAAAAUAUAAACGCUAAAUUAUACACGUGAAUUACAUACAUUGGAAGCAAUUUUAAAAGAAAUGAAAGUUUUGGGAUAAAUUUUAGGUUUGCAUUUAGGUGUGUCUGGCAUUUGGGUUAACUGUUAAUUACAGACACAUGGAUUCUGCAGGAGUGCUGUCGGAGUCUCCUGGUCCUCGGGGGAGAGGUAAUCUGUUUUGAGACCUCAGUUGUCUUCCCAUUUUUGGUGGUUUUGAAGCAGCAACGUUUUUCUCAGUGUACGUGCAAUUUGGGUUUUAAAGAGAGGCUAGCCACCCGCUGGCAUACUAGAUGUUUUAAAUUCUGUUUCCUUGCUCCGCCAUCCAUGGCUGAGUGCAUUCUGCAGUACCUGGGUUAAAUGACCACGAAAUACUUUAUUAAGAAAACUGUUUCAGAAAUAAAUUUGCACUGUUAAUUUUUCUUGCCCUGCCCUUCUCCAUUAGAGCAAGGGUAAUGUCCUCAAAGAAUCCUGACUUUUGUUUGUUUGUUUGUUUGUUUUCAUUAUGCAACAUGACGGCUACUUGAUAGAAAAAGUCUUAACUCCCAGGCGAAAGGGGAGACCUAAUUUGAGAUCAGUCUGCUGGCAUUGUGAGGAAGUGCUUUGUAUCAGGAAAGUGUACACUAUUUACCUUUCUUCCUGUUCACAAGCUGAGCCAUAUGUACAUAAUCUAGAUUUUUGUUCAUAGUUUUGCACUUUUAUAGCCUACUUGUGAAGAUGAACACAUUUGCAAGAUGAUUGACCUGAUCCUUAUCUAAUCCAAUGAGUGUUACAGAAAGCUUGCUGUGACGAUAAAUGUAAAUCUUAAAAGGGGAUACACGGUAAUCGAGGGCUGAAAUUUAAAUCUUUAUUUAAAAAAAAAAAAUCACCAAAUCUAUUUGAAAACAAGUCAAUUCGUGUUUUGCUGAAAUUUUGGGGGCUUUCAGAUUUCUCCUUUUUAACCACAUUUCUGAGUGCAUAAAAAUAUGUUUUUUUUUUUUUUUUCUUUCUACAGCCCUUGUACUCCAAAAUAUGUUUUUUUUUUUUGGUCCAUCAGUAUUAACUAUUGGGAUACUACUGGUUUUGUAUGUUUUAUUUUUUUCUUGGAGACAGCAGUACAUAUAAUAGAGGUACAAUCUGUUGGAUUUUUGUUUAUGUAUUUAUUUCAUUCCAGUUUGAUUUAUUUUAAUUGUUGAUACUUAAGUUGUCCAACCCGUUAGACAUUACUUGUUUUAUUUAUGAUAUAUUUCAGCUUAAAGUUAUGUUAUUAUAUGUGGAUGUAAAUAUAGAUUUGGUGUUUUGCAGCCUCGGGCUUUGGU